UGCCCAGUUUGGAGUGCUAGUUAGCUGUCUGUAUUCAACCUUUUGUAGGCUCGUAUGUCUCUUGAAUAUCGCCGUUGGUCAGCUUUAUAAGGUCCUUUCCAAAUUGUCAACUUUGGUGUUUGCCAGUUGAACUACCGAUCGCACUAUGAGUACAGACAGUAUAAUGCACGGUCUUGAUGAGGAUGCAGAGACUACGCGAGGGUUGGGCAAAGACACUCAAAGAUGGCCCAUCAAUCAGUCACUGGCUAUAAAAAAGAAGGGGCCGUUGUCUCGCAAUGCACACCACUCGAACAAAAGGUUAAACAUCGUCCCACGACGACCUCACCAGAUCGAUGUUCGUAGCCGAAGCGGCAAAUACUGGAAUCCAUUGUUUUCUAAGCCUAGGAUAUGUAGGGGACAACCGCUUUACGAACGAUGCAGAGAGUUAUCCAGCAACGACGGUGUUGAUGGUGAACGUGAUCCCGAAAGCGACGAAAUGAUGAAGGAUGGGACUGGAGCGGAGGCCGAGGGCGUUGAAGAUCUAUUCGACGACUAUUUAAUGAGCAGUUUCUUAGGGGAUUCCGAAGGCGCAGUUCCUUCCUGGGAGGCAAAGGUCAUUCGGCAAUUCAUUUCACGCAAGCACGAUAACGCGUCGAUGACGCGCGAUAGGGCGGCCUGGGCCUGGGUGGAUGAUCGUGAGUACUGUACUGGACGCAGCCGGGGCUAUCGAAAUGCCCUAAGUGUCGCAGGACUACAUGAUAUUCUGAACAAGACACGCUUUGGACAUUCUGAACUUCCAGAUGUUGACCGCCGCUUGAUCUAUAUUUCAAGACUCACCCCGGAUUUUGUGAAGGCGCUCGCCGUAACAGCAUGGGAUCCGAAGGCCUUGCGAGACGCGGUCUGGAAGCACAUUGCAUUGGAAACGUCUUUCCGGGUGCACAUACCAACAUUUGGCUUCAAGACCUUCCGCUUGGAGUUUCAUCUUGCCCACUUGAUUCUGAGGGAGACGACCAUCCGCCCACAUCCAGAAGGUAAUAGUAUUGACGGCGCCAUCAGUCAGUCGUUAGUAGAUCUAUCCUUCCUUGACUUGGAGACAUCUGCCGGUGGUGUUUCUUCUCACUCGAUUUACCAAGCCCAUAUUAGCAUCGUAAUAUGCGGCUGGAGUGAUUCACAAUGGACUGGGUAUGCCUUUGCUAACCAGGGCGCUAAAGAUUCUCCAAGGGAAGACGAAGAAGAAGACGAUGAUGACGAAGAAUAUGUACCUAGAAGAGACCCAUUCGCGGCGGACAACAUAUAUGAUUAUUUCAUGCACGCUGAUGUGCAGACUUGGGAUGCGCGAAGAUACUGGCUAUGGAUUGUCGCAAUCCGUUGCCAAUUGGUGCUAAAAGAGUGGUUGUACUUGGUCUGUACCAUUGAAGAAGGUGUGCAAGCAUGGAGGGCAUCUGAUCCAUGCAGCAAUAGCAGCAGCCAUACAGAGCUAAGCCCAAAAGACAUUCAGAAGUCGCUAGAUCGUACGAUACAAAUCAUGCAGCUCUUACGCAAGCUACUUGAUUCCCUCUCAAUGACACUUCGAGCGUACAAACGCUUCGAUGCGCCUGAUGGGGAUAAGUGCUAUUUCUUGGACGUGGCAGACUACGCUUCUGAACAGAACGGCAUUAAAGAAACGUUUGAGAAGAUGGCGGACCUCUACUUGAGGCUGAGUUCUGCUGAUGAUUCAUGCAAACGGUUUGCCACACAUCUUGGACGCAUUCUAAGUCUCGAAAGCAAUCGUUUGACUGCCCAGGGCAAUCAGUUGAACCAGGAAAGCAACAAAGUGAACAUUGAGAGUAAUCAGCUGAACAAGGAAAGUAACUCACUGAACAUUGAGAGCCACCAUCUAAGCGAGCGCACACAUGAGUUGAACGUCCGGACCAGCGUUCUUAACGACAAAAUACGUGAAUUAAAUGAGAAGAGUACCGAAGCAGCAUGCGCGAACCAAGCCGCUGCGGCGAAGACCAGUCGGAGCACACGUGUAAAUGUCGAAUUACUCCUAUUCACGACACCUUUCGGCAUGGUUCUCCAAUAUUUUGGUUCGGAGAAAGAUAUCUUCUCCUUCAACCGCAACCCCAAGACCUUCAUUCUCGCCACUUUGAUAUUGAUGCUCGUUCUACGACUCUUUACGUUACUCCUCGAGCAUGCAGACGGCCUGCUAAAGUUCAUACCAUGGAAACCUCCGGCUCGUGACGGUCAGCAACGCCCACCUGGUGAGAAUCGGGAUGACGUUGAACUCGAACCCGUACAGGCUGUAUAGUUAUUACACAUUAGAAGGUUCCGAAGGGCUAUUGUAGAUCUCUAUCAUGUAACUCAAAAUUUCGAUGCUUCGAGUACCAUAGAUGCCUGGAAUAUCACCCAAACUCCUGCGAGAAAUGAGAAGCAUACACAUAUCUAGCAACAUGCAAGCCUAUAAUCACGACAAUGGGAAGAAUACCUGCCAACAUUAUCAUAAUGUUGCUAUGGGUAUCCAUCCAUGGCAAGUGGCUUUGAAUGAGGACCUGUAAAGAUUAACACGGGCAAGGAUCUGGGCAUCGUAAAAGUCCCACCGGGGGCCGUCAAUAGAGUGCUAGAAACUGCAGUGCAUCAAUCUUAUUGAUGCAUACCAAAUGAUACUGAUUUUCCUGAAGGCUGGUAUGGCGAGCAUCACCCAUUUCUAUGAGGGGCUUCACUAAUGUCGAAAGAACAAGUCAGUAUACGGUAUGAGGUCC